ACUGGCGGUACGGGAGGCACUCUGGGACAGCUGUCGCUAAGUAGUAAAGAGAAAGUGGAGGUGACAGAGAAAGUUAUAGUAGAAAGCUGUGAGGGAGGGUCCUCAAGUAGUGUGCGGACAGUAUCGCAUGCGCAGUGUAGUUGCAGAGUGAAACCAUGGCUAUUAACUGGAAGCUUAUUUUUAAGGCAGUUUGUUACGAGAUUUAUUACUAUGUGAUUGGAGCGGCAGCAAUUGUAGAAGAUUUUAUGAAUGGGCAUCGCAACAAACUAGAACUCGUGCAGAGGCCAGGAGAUGUUGCAGUUAUUACAGGUGGAGCACGAGGAAUUGGAGUGGAAGUGGUGAAGAAUUUACUGAAGUGUGAUAUGCACGUGAUUAUUGGCUGCAGAAACACAAAAGCUGGAGAAAGAACAAUUGAAAGAAUCCGUUCAUUGGGUGUCACUAGUGGUUCUGCAGAAUGUUUUACACUAGACAUGGCGUCUUUUAAAUCUAUUAAGGAAUUUGCUGCAAAUGUAACUGUGAAACAUCCUGCUUUACAUCUUCUUAUUAACAAUGCUGGCAUUAUGUUCGUGCCGUUCUCACUGACAGAAGAUGGAUAUGAAUCACAUUUUGCCGUCAAUUACUUGGGUCACUGCCUGCUCACACACCUACUGCUGCCACAGCUGAAGGUAGGUGGGCACUCGAGAGGCGUCAAUGCACGCAUCAUCAAUGUCUCCUCCAGUGCCCACGUGGCGGGGAACAUAAACUUCAAGGACUUCAACUUGAAGGAUAUGUAUGUUGCAAGUGAGGCAUAUGCUCAGAGCAAACUGGCUCAGCUUCUUUUCACCAAAAAACUGGAGUCUUUACUGAGAGAAAGUGAUUCUCACGUUCAGGUGCAUGCAGUUCAUCCUGGUGUGGUUAAUACAGACCUUUUUAAUGACACCACAUUGAAAAAAAUAUUUCCAUGGGUACCUCCACUUUUGUUCAAGACUCCUGCACAAGGAGCAAUAACCAUUAUGCACGCUUGCCUAUCCCCAUCGCUGGAGGGGCGUGGUGGGAAUUAUCUCAGCAAUAGCCGUGUAAUAGCUAACAGCCCAAAAGCUGAAAACAAAGUAACACAAGACAAGUUGUGGGACGCUAUGCGUAAGAUUGUAGAAGUCCACAUGUUUGGUGAAAUGUAAACCAAUUUCUAUAUAAGUGUCAGUAGGUAAAAAGAUUGACAGUAUUAUUAUAGUGCUGGUUUUUAUCUGAUUUUUGUUGUUAUUUUUGUUGUGUUUGUAAAGUUUUUCAUGGCAGCUUUUGUUAUGCACAGCAGCUGUUGUUAUCAGUAUUUCGCAAUGUGCAUUUCUGUAUGUGUACCAUAUUUGUAAACACCAUUUAUAUUGUUCACUUUAAGACUGCAUCUUGUAAACCAAAUGAUUUUAGAGACUUAUUUUUGUAAAUAAAGGCAAUUA